CUGGCUGGGUGCUAGUUUAAAUCAGUGGGGUUACUCUUGUAUAAUCCUUGUAAAGACAUUUCAUGCACUGGGAUUUGACGUCGCGCACGUCACAUUCAAGUUAUGUCUUGGCGCGUGCGCAAUAAGCCAGAGCAAAAUCAGAUCAUGUUUACUGCGUUCCACGAAGGGGGAUUACGAUUACAAACUGCGAGACCCACGAUUUUACUCUAGAAAACAGAAACAAUCAUAGUGCGCACUCGAAUAGUUGUGAAUUGAAGAUAACUUGAACAUCAAACCGGGUGUUAAGAUAGGUGAAUGAACACUGUGAAAGGACAGGUUACCAGGCCAACCUUGAAGCGAUGAGGGAAUCCAAAGGCAUUCUGAUGUGCUCCUGAAUCAUACUCUUCUGUCUCCAAACCCAAAGAAAAGGUAAAUGUGUAUAAAAAUAACUGUUUUGUGUCACAAUCUGUCAUGCCACAUUAUCUUUGGAACACAUUAUUUUGAAGAACAUCUUGAAAGUCUUUUUUUUUUAAACAAGCCUUACGUUAAAAUCCUUUAACUAUUCAAAGUUGCCUAAGGGUAAUGAUAGUUCUGCUUUGCAAAAAUUGAAAACAUACCCAACCCACUAUUUCAUCAGUCACACCCGAUAACGUGUUGCCUUCUGCUCUGUAGAUAAUAGUCAUGGAAAUCAUGGAGAAAAGUGAGAGGGCUCAUUUUUUCACUGCCAAGGAGCAACAGCUUCUCAUAGAGGGCUAUGAAAUAGAGCGGCCUAUUCUGACUGACAAGUCCAACACCAUCAAGGCAUCAAAGAUGAGGGAGGAGGCCUGGCAGAGAAUAGCAGUGAAAUUAAACCUGAACUCAGGCAGUGGCUACAAACGCACAUGGCAACAGGUGAAAAUCAAAUAUAAAAACCUGUUGCAAACAGCCAACAGGAAGAAGGUUGAUCUUCAUAAUAAAAAUGACAUGGAGCUGACACUGCCAGCGAGUGAGUUAGCAGAGCAGCUACAGCUACCAGUGGGCGUCAUUGUCAAGCUGGAUGAGCCGGAUGAGGAGUUAGUAGAGCAGCAGACCUCCUGCAACAGCAGGCCCAUGCUGGAGGGCAUCCCGGGGGGCACCAGCUCAGACCCAGAGCCCCAGGAGCCCCAAGACAUAGAGUGCGCCAGCUCCUACAUAAGUGUGACGGGUCACACCCUCACGCUACUGCCUCCACCACAGGGCGACACUGAACGCUUGAUAUAUGAGGAGACCCUCUCCACAGACACACAUCCUGAUGAGGACAUUGCACAGGAGAAAAUCCACCCUACUGGGAAGAAAACUACAGAGGGCCCUGUAACAGAAGACAUAAAGACCCUGUACCGACGCUACCUCGUCACAGAGAUCGAGAACAGAGAACAAGAGAUGGCUUACCGCGCGCUCAAAAUGAGGAAAGUGGAAAAGGAAAUACAGCUACUUGAUAAGCAGCUGGUAAGUAUACACUGAUGAUGAG